GAAGAACAUCACAAUCCAAAGGGAUUUGACUGUGACUGCAAAUAGAGCUUCAAAGGGAAAUAAUCUGAACUCUUCUGCUAUAAUCACAUCGGUUUAUUCAUUUAAACGGAAUAUUUGUUUUCUAUAGUCAUUUGAUAAUAACAUACCGGGAUUUAUAGCCAUGCUGGUUGUCAAAAUGCAAACUUGAGCUGUAUUAUAUCGGACUUUGAUUUUGCUCCAUGGGGAUGUCUGCUGUGAAUCCAAAAAUUCAGACUUCAGGAAAAGAUGAGUAACAACUGCUGAAGUGACAUUCGGAUAAGAGGAGGAAAAUUGCUGCGACAACGCAGUUCCAAAAACGUUUCUCCCUGCAAUUCAUCCAAGGGUCUGCAAAGGUUCUACAAUGUUUCACGAAGAGAAAAAGGAAGGAAGUCCCCGAUUCGGGAAGUUACAUUUUCCUGUGGGCCUCUGGAUUAAUUCUCCAAAGAAGCACUUUGCCAAGCUAGGCAGACGCUGGCCUAGUGUUGGCUCCAUCAAGUCCACCUCAUCAGACACAGGCAGCCGCAGCAAUGAGACCGUGGAGCUACGCCAACCAACGAAGAACAAAAACAAUCGACACAAACGCCUGUCUAACAUCUUCCACCGCAGUACAAUACUUAUGACUGGCAGCAUCAGUGCUGGCAGUGCAGCAGGGCGUUGGGCUAGUGAGAAGAAGUUAUCAGAAAUUAUUGACGUAGUACCAGAAGAUCUGGUGGAGCUUUCUAGCCAGAAGAAUCUGCCUGGUAUUCUCAAGAUAUUUGGAGAUGAUAUUUCCUCUGGAACCAACUACAAGAGUGUUCUGGCCACACCACGGUCCACAGCACGGGAGCUGGUAAAGGAAGCUCUGGAGAGGUAUGCUGUUGCGGAUGCAGAUGCUGAAACCUUUGUCCUUUGUGAUGUAGUGGGACGUUUUGUAGGGCACGAUGGAGAAUGGAAGAUGGAAUAUCUACGCAUAGUGGGGGACAAUGAACGGCCGCUCGUCUUACAAGAAAUGUGGAAGCCUAAAGCUGGUUUUUCUAGGCGAUUUGAAAUUAAGCACAAACAAGAAGUGGAGAAGAUGUCUGCAGCAGAAGAUAAUGAGACCGCAGGAAUCAAUGCUCAAGCUCGUAGAUUACAGAAGAGCCGUUCUCGGGCAGCUUCUGGUGGAAAUGCUCCAUUAAGGGAGAGGGAUGAAAGCAUUUCCCUACGUCGCAGCAUAAGUGACAUCAACUUAAACAGCAAGAAGCGGAGGGAGCGGAAGAGCAUAAAGAGUAUGGUAGCCAAUGACACAGAUGCUGGGCAGGAUGGAGAUACAAAUCAGAAGGAUGGCACACAAAAUUUAGCUGAACGGAAUAGCAAUGUUGAUGGCACAGAUGACACUACAGACCAACCAGAUUUGGACUUUGAACGGUUUACUCAGUAUUUGAUUCAGCCCCCAUCUGAGCAUCCAUACUUUCUUCUGCUGCAAGGCUACAAUAAAGAUGUGGACUUUGUGAUAUAUGUGAUGACCCGGAAGAAACAUCUGUUUGGAAGAGCUGAAAAAGUUUCAAAAGACAAAGGACCUUACGUUGAUACUUUUCUGUCCGCUCCAGAUAUACUUCCUCGUCACUGUUGUGUAUGGCGGUUAGAUUCCUCUACUAAAAAGAACCUAGUCCGUGUAAGACCUUACCGGGGAGCCCUUCUUACUCAUAAUGGAGCAGUGCUCCAGAGAGAAGCUGAGCUCCACACUGGUGAUUUACUGGGGCUUGGAGAGCACUUUCUCUUCAUGUACAAGGACCCUAGAGUGCCACAGGUCAGACCUGCCUGGCUUCCUCAGUCCUGGUCCUCUCCUGGCUUGAGUGGGGCCUUUUCCUGCCAAAUGUGUGGGAGAUCUCUCCAGGAGCGACAAGAGGCUGUCCAGGCUUAUAUAGAAAGCAAGGAUUUGGUGCUGCAAUACCGCUCUCAGGAAGAGGAUGCUGUAUUGAAAGAGAUUAUUGAGAAAACCGGCAACCCAAGCACUGAAUUCAAACUGGCCCCUGCCUACCUCUUCAGCCUCUGCAUUGAACACUCAACACGAGCCUUGGAUCCUGGACACUUUCCUAAACUUGUAAUGAAGAUUGCCACCAUGAUAAAGGAAGUUGUCUGGAUAUUCAUUGUUUUGAGUUUAAAGGCCUUUACAGUUUGUGUACUGAUGAAAAGCAUUUCUCUUUUCCUGACACUUUACUGUAAAUGGACUGUUUUCUUCCCGAAAGUAACUUUGCUUCUGGUUGAGUUGCUUGAUAAACAUGAUGAUAAGAACAUUUCUGUUGAUUUCAGCCAGCAGGACAGAAGUUUUCUGAGCACACUGGGGAUUGAGGAGGUGGCGACUGAUCUUCGACCCUUAAUGCUAUGGAUGGCAAACUCCAUGGAACUUCUCAACUUUGUGCAGAGGAAAAUCCUCGAUAUGGAAAAAGAAUGGGAUUCAGAAGCAUCUUCCCAGGACGCUUUGCUUUCAAGUGACCUGGAAGCAUGUGAGGAAUCUAUGGCCCUUCUUGAUGAGGUCAUUAUGUAUACCUUCCAACAGUGUGUGUAUUACCUUACUAAGACCUUGUAUGCAGCUUUGCCAUCCCUUCUAGAAAGCAAUCCUUUCACCGAUCCUGCCAGUCUCUCAGAUGUAGGAGAUCUGAGCAAUAUGCCAGAAGGCACACGUGGAACUCUUUCUAUUUACCAGGCUACACUGGAUUUAACUCGGGAGUGUGAACUGCACCCAGAUCUCGUGUCCCAGACAUUUGGCUAUCUUUUCUUUUUCUCCAAUGCAUCACUCUUCAAUACCCUUAUGGAAAAAGGUAAUGGUGAACCAUUUUACCAGUGGUCAAAAGCUGUCCAAAUUCGCACAAACCUUGAUCUGGUUCUGGACUGGCUUCAAGGAAUAGGUCUUGGUGACAUCGCCACAGAAUUCUUCAGAAAGUUGUCAGCAACUGUAAACUUGCUAUGUAUACCUAAAACCAGUCUCUUAAAGCUUUCCUGGAGCACUCUGAGGAAUGAUUAUCAGGCACUGAGCGCUGCUCAGCUGAACCACUUGUUAAGGAACUAUCAUCUGGGAGUGGGACGGUCACAUCCAGCUGCUUGGGACCCCCCUGAAGAGGAAAAGGAUGAGAUCACAAACACAGAUAUCUUUGAGAGCUUCACGGAUCAUCCUCCACUCAUCCUGCCCUGUGACAACUUCCGCAUGCAUCUCUCACAGCCGUUAACCGACGAUUCCUUCCACAAGCAGCUCUGUCAUCUCCGAUCUUUUGUGUGGGACCUGGAGCAGAAAUCCUUGCCGGCUAAUCAGAGGGCCGUGUACAGGGUGGAUACCAGUCAGUAA